UUGUCAUUUUCAGUCAACAUUGGCCAGUUUAUCGAUGGAUAUAGCGUUGGAUGGUCAGCUCCUAUUAUUCCGAAGCUUCAGAAUCCUCAGCAGACUCCUCUUCCACGAGUGAUCACGGAUCUUGAGAUAUCAUGGAUCGGCUCAUUGUUAUACGUGGGAGCUAUUAUUGGGCCGUACAUUCCCAGUUACCUAUCAAACAUAAUAGGUAGGAAGCCAUGUUUGUUUUUCGGUGGGCUGUUAAAUCUGACGGCCAUUGUUCUUAUAGUUUUUACAAAAAAUGUGGCUAUGGUCUACGCUGUGAGGAUUAUAAGUGGGCUGGGAAUGGGUAUGGUAACAGUGAGCAAUCUCGUGUAUGUUGGAGAAAUAGCUUCAUCAAAUAUACGUGGUAUUCUUCUAACUUCUACAUCCAUAGUCGGUAUUUCUGGCACACUCGCGGCUUAUAGUGUAGGACCGUACGUAUCAUAUGCUACGACAGGUUAUAUAGCCUUAGCCAUAAAUAUAGUUCACGUGAUUGGAAUAUAUUUCAUACCAGAGUCGCCAGUGUACUACGCUAUAAAAGGAAAACAAUUAGAAGCGAAGAACACACUGCGAUACUUAGGUCGUUUGGAUGAUUUGGACAAUGUGUUUGAUUCAGUCAGUGGAAUAAAUCCAAAUGAAGGCCAAAGUUGGAGGGCUUGGAUCAAAAUAUUCACUGAGAAGACCAACAGAAAAUCUCUUAUAAUAACUUUAAGUCUAUGCACCUUGCAACAGCUAAGCGGAGUCGCUGUUGUACUUUUCUUUGCAACAACUAUCUUUGAAAGCGCCGGUUCUUCUAUACGACCAGAUAUAGCAACUAUUAUGAUCGGUGCAACAAGACUUCUUGCUAGUUUGAUAGCACCAUUUGUCGUUGAGAGAGCAGGACGGAGGAUAUUGCUUCUCGUUUCAACAGUAUUCUGCGCUGUCAGUCUGUUCACUUUAGGUUCUUAUUUCCAUCUCACGAGGGUUCAAAGUCCUUUGGCUCAAAACAUCGGAUGGCUACCACUUGUGUCACUAAUUCUGUAUUUCUUCUCAUACGAAAUAGGUUUCGGUACAAUGCCUAGCGCUUUAGUAGGUGAAAUGUUCCGAGGCAACGCUAGGAGUACCGGUUCAGCGGUUGCCAUGACAACCGCCUGGUUGAUAGGUUUCGGUGUGGCGACCGGUUUCGGAACCAUGGUUCAGGUUUUCGGUGGUGACGUCACAUUCUGGUUGUUCUCCUGUUCAUGUUUAGCAGCUUUUUUGUUUACUUACAAAUAUGUGCCAGAAACGAAAGGAAAGACUUUGAAUGAAAUACAAGAAAUGUUGAGGUCUUAG